AUGACGGCUGUGGCGUGCCAUAUGUUCGCACCAGAACUCGGGAAGUUGAAAGGUGUGGAAGUUGACCUGGAUAUCGACGAAGGAGCUUCGCCGAGAUUCCUAAAGGCCCGACCAGUGCCGUUCGCACUGCGAAAGAGGCUGGAUGAGGAACUGGAUCGCCUGCUAGCGAAUGACAUCAUAGAACCAGUUCAAUAUUUGAACAUCGAACUGGGCGGCUCCACUAGUUCCUGGAGUAAAAGGAGACGGAUCAAUCAGGCCGCUCGUUCCGACACCUAUCCUAUACCUCGAGUAGAGGAACUGUUUGCGAGGCUCGCAAACGGAAAGCAAUUCUCAAAACUGGACCUCUCACACGCAUAUCACCAAUUGGUCCUGUCGGAGAAAUCGAGGGAGUUGGUGACCAUCAAUACCCACAGAGGACUUUUCCGCUACAAGCGACUGCCAUUUGGCGUAUCGACAGCGCCCUCAGUGUUCCAGCGGACUAUGGAAUCGUUGCUGGCUGGCAUUCCAGGCGUGGCAGUUUACUUAGAUGACCUGCUCAUCACAGGAGAGUCAACGGAAGAACAUCUAAAGAACCUGAAGCGGGUAUUGGACGUUCUUCGCGAAGCAGGGUUACGCUUGAAGAAGGAUAAAUGUGCGUCUCUCAAGGACGAGGUUGAUUACCUCGGCCAUACAUAUACUGCGAAGGGUCUACAUCCGAUGGAGGACAGGGUGGAAGCAAUCACCAAGGCACCAGAGCCAACAAACGUGAAAGGAGCCCUCCGAAAAAUGAGUGGUCCCGUUCACACUAGGGUAUCGCGGUUCCUGUUAAGUUACCGUACAACACCGCAAGCUACUACAAAGCAAUCACCGGCAGAGUUGCUAAUGAAUCGCAAACUGCGUAUUCACAUUACGUCAGUUCUGCCAGAUGUGAACGCAACCGUAGAGAAAAAGCAGUUCGCCCAAAAGAUCGCUCACACUACUCACGCCCUUCGUGAAUUCAAUGUAGGCGACGACGUCCUUGUGAGAAAUUAUGCUCGAGGCAACCAAUGGUUACCCGGUAAAAUAACCGACCGUACCGGUCCAGUAUCACAUGUGGUCAAUGUCAGCUCCGAAGCAAUGUCAACUCCGAAGUCGAGUUUCCUCAUCAUCGACCGCGCGGAAACAAGACUACGCGAACGAAGGUGUUGUCCCUACACUCGAUGA